AUGGCUUCUUUGCUCCAUCCAACUCCAACUGCAAUCUGUUUCUUCUAUCCCUUAAAACCCACCAUUCCACCACACAGUUUUUCUUUAUUAACUAACACUAACACUAACCGUUUCAACACAAAGUGUAAUGCAUUUUUUGACAAUGUCGCCAAUGUUGUUGAUGUGGACCAUUUUCCUUCUAUCAUCCAAUCAGGAAUACUGCAGUUUCAAGAAUUACCGGAUAUGCAAAGAUGGGAGUUUCUUGUGUUUGGUGGUCUCAUAUGGAUUUACUUAACUUCAAGACCUGGUGUUCUUAUUGGUGCCAUUGAUGCUUACCUUCUUGCUCCCCUUCAACUUGCUUUUGACAAUCUAUCUGGAAAGAGAAACUUGAAGACACGUGAUUUUCUUGUUGGAGAUAAAAUUGGUGAAGGGUCCUUUGGUGUUGUUUAUUCUGGUGUUUUGGUUCCAAAGAAUGUGGUCGAUGGAGAGGUGAACAACAAGGGAAGAUCCAAGGCUGCACUCUAUGAUCCCAAAGCCAAAGAUAAAGUCAUUCUUAAAAAGGUUAAGGUUGAAAUUCGAGGGGCUGAAGAAUUUGGUGAAUUCGAGGAAUGGUUUAAUUACAGGCUAUCUAGAGCAGCACCAGAAACAUGUGCUGAGUUCCUUGGAAGUUUUGUUGCUGAUAAAACAAACUCUAAGUUCACAAAAGGAGGAAAAUGGCUUGUUUGGAAAUUUGAGGGAGAUCUUACUCUUGCCGAUUACAUGAAGGGGCGCAGCUUCCCUUCAAACUUAGAAUCUGUCAUGUUUGGACGUGUCUUGCAAGGUGUAGACUCUUUUCGACGAAAUGCAUUGAUCAUCAAGCAAAUCAUGCGCCAGAUAAUUACUUCUCUUAAGAAAAUUCACGAUACAGGCAUUGUUCAUAGAGAUAUAAAGCCAGCCAACUUAGUCGUCACUAAACGGGGACAGAUUAAACUUAUUGAUUUUGGUGCAGCAACAGACCUUCGGAUCGGAAAGAAUUAUGUUCCCGACCGCACCCUUUUGGAUCCUGAUUAUUGUCCCCCAGAACUAUAUGUACUCCCAGAAGAAACACCAAGUCCUCCACCAGCGCCAAUUGCUGCUUUCUUUUCACCAAUCCUAUGGCAGUUAAACAGCCCUGAUCUGUUUGAUAUGUACUCUGCUGGGAUUGUACUCCUGCAAAUGGCAAUACCAACUUUAAGGUCUCCUGCUGCUUUGAAGAAUUUCAAUUUGGAAAUCAAAAACUGUGGUUAUGAUUUGAAAAAAUGGAGGGACUAUACUCGCCUGAGGCCCGACUUCCAAAUUCUUGAUAGUGAAUCUGGUAGAGGGUGGGACUUGGCAACAAAGCUUAUCUCCGAGAGAGGUCCCUUGAGAAGAGGACGUUUAUCUGCUGCUUCAGCUUUGAGACAUCCUUAUUUUCUUCUAGGAGGUGAUCAGGCAGCUGCAGUUCUUUCAAAAUUAAGCCUAAGUAGAAAGUGA